GAUGCUGAACUAGAACGGUUGAUGAAAGCGCGCGAGGCAGAAUUGGCGUAUCUGAGAGAAAAGAACAACCUAGAAAUAAGCACCUUGGCCCAGCAAAUGAAGAUUGAUGUAGAGAAGUUCAAGGAAAUGGUUGGAACGAUUGGACCAGAAACUAUAAAAGCGAUGGCUACGGCCAGUUCAGACAACAACCUUCGUAUGCUCAGUGCCCUUGGACUUCAAAGUACAUUGAUCACCGAUGGGUCAACUCCUGUCAAUUUGCUGAGUACUGCUCAUGGUCUGAUU